CUACGUGCUCUCUCGCGAGCGAGCUGCACAGGCCAACGGCAGUACUCUGCCUUGCUGUCUCCUUCCUCCUACUGGCUUGGGCAACCCUACUGCCCACCGCCUUCCGCCAUGGGCAACGAGGCUAGCUUCCAUUCCGAGAUGGGCAGUAACUUCGAGCAAGAUGAGAUUAGAAGGCUGUGCAGAAGCUUCAGGAAGUUGGACGUGGACAAAUCCGGCUCCCUGAGCAGAGACGAGUUCAUGUCGCUGCCUGAGCUGAAGCAGAACCCACUGGUGACUCGAGUGAUCGACAUCUUCGACACGGACGGCAAUGGGGAAGUGGACUUCCACGAGUUCGUCGAGGGCACCUCGCAGUUCAGCGUCAAGGGCGACGAAGAGCAGAAGUUAAGGUUCGCCUUCAGAAUCUAUGACAUGGACAAAGAUGGCUACAUCUCCAACGGGGAGCUCUUCCAGGUGCUGAAGAUGAUGGUGGGUAACAACCUCAAGGACUGGCAGCUGCAGCAGCUGGUAGACAAAACCAUCUUGGUUGUGGAUAAGGACGGCGAUGGCCGGAUAUCCUUUCAAGAGUUCUCGGAUGUGGUCAGAGGCAUGGAGAUCCACAAGAAGUUGGUCGUGCCUAUAGAACACGGUCAAGAAGACUAAAAGCUUAAAAAUAAGAAAAUGCACAUCUUUGCCUUUCUUUCUCAAGGCUGUGUAUAUGGGAGAAGACUACAAUUCUCACAGAGUGUUAGGCACUCUUUUCAUUUACUUGUGGCAUUCAGACUUUUAACAAAUUGUUAACUUCCUAUUGUAACAACUAGCAAAAAUAUAUUUAUCUUUGCUUAGUA